CCUUUCGUCGUUCCCUCGGAAGCUCUCAAUCGCUCAUAUUGUGGUUGUGCACUUUUUGCACCUAAAGCGUCGGUGCGUUGUGAAGCUCGCAAUGGCAGAGAUCGCGGAGCCCACGAACAACCCUCCGCAGCAGCCAGCAGAUGCCGCAAAUCCAAACCCUGCUGCAGGUGCAGCAGAUGCAGCCGAGGCGCUGGCUGCAUUGCAAGGGGCAGCAACAGCUGCACAGCACCAGCUCGGACAAUUCGGCCCUCCCAAGUCAGCUCCGCCCAAUCAAGCUCCUGGCGCACCAUCAAUGUCAUCCCAAAUUGCUCCCGGCACGCGCAUCCCUGGCAUGGGGCGAGGCACAUCUCUGUACAGAGGAGUCAGCAAGGCGGGCGACAAAAAGAAGUGGCGGGCGAUGAUCCAGUACAACCACAUGCAACACCAUGUGGGUUACUACGCGACUGCAGAGGAUGCGGCGCGCGCGUAUGACCGAAAGGCGCUGCUCUUCAUGGGCCCAUCGGCCAUCACAAAUUUCCCCCCCUCCAACUAUGCCGGCGAGGACCUCACUGCUGACGGCACCGCCGAAGAGCAGGCCAAGAAGCGGCGGCGCACGAGCGCGUUUCGGGGGGUGACGAAGUCUGGCGGCAAGUGGAAGGCUUCAAUCCGGGCCAACAAUGUCAAGAGGGACCUUGGAGUCUUUGAGGACGAACUGGAGGCUGCCCGGGCGUACGAUGCGGCGGCGGUGCAGCUGCUGGGCGAGUCAGCGGUGACCAACUUCAACGUGCAUGACAUAAUGGCGACGCUGCCGCAGCCGCCCGCGCCGCCGCCGGCCGCCGCCGCAGCCACCGCGCCUGAUCAGGCGCCACAUGCAAUGCACAUGCCCAUCCCAGGAGGCAUUGCGCAAGUUGGAGCUCCUGACAGCAUGGCGGGUGCAGCGCUCGGGGUGCAAAAUAACCCUGUGUGGCAGAUGCAAACACCCUUGGCAGGCAACGGCGUCCCCCAACUUCCGGUGCCGGUCCCCCCGCGCUUCCACGGCGUGAGGCCGGCAGGCACCGGCAAGUGGCAUGCGCAGGUGCUGGUGGACAUGGGCCGCUUUGAGACUGAGGAGGAAGCUGCGCGCGCGUAUGACCGGGCUGCUGUCUGGUGCCUGGGCUUGACUGCUCACACCAAUUUCCCCCUCAGCGACCUCAUUCAGCCCGGGGAUUUUGGAGCGCAACAAGCUCCUGUUCAGGCGACAGACCUGGGGCAGCAGGACGAGGGCGUCCCCUCCGACUCCGAAGACGACGAACGGGAAGCUUCCAGCACAGCUGCUGCAGCUGAU